AUGGCCGUGUGGGAGACCGAGGAUGAAUCAACUGGGCCGGUAGCGCUCCCAACACCGGCUGAUACGCCAUACCGUGCGCUCUCCCGCAAUGUGUCACGAAGCUCCCGCAAGUCGCGGAGAUCGGUUACACCUCCCGGAAAGAAAGGCAAAAGCAUUUCUCCACCUCCUCUCCCCGGAGACAAGACUGAGCGGAGCUCCAAGAGGUCUUCUAGAGAUGUCAGCAACGACGAGAGUAUCAGCAUCUUAGAUCCGCGGCGGUUUACGCCGACACUUCAUGCCAGCUUAGUGUCCGAGAUACUGUCGCUGAGACGUGACCAGGAGGAGAAGCUCAAGAUUAUCGAGAGUCUCGAGUCAACAUUGCAUACAGUGCGAGAAGAGACCGAAUCCCUGCAGGCUUCGUUAGUGUCAACUGGAAAGGAGAGCCGGUCAUUAAAACGGCAGCUCUCUCUGCUCGAGGGUGGCACAUCUUCUGCGCUUGGUGAACUGGCGCGGGAGCGUGAUGAGGCAGUCGACUCGGCAGCCGAGGCCAAGAAACGACUAGAAGUGACGCAAAAGAAACUGCGGAGCCAGGAGGAGGACUCAGAGCGUGUGCAUCGACAAUGGGCCAAGGAGAGAGACGAAUGGGAAGAAGAGAAGCGCAAGUUUGAACGCAGAAUCCAUGUCGCUGAGAGCCGGCUGAAGGUCGUUCUUGACGAGGUUGCCGCGUUCCAGGCUGCUGCCCAGGCUAACGGGCCGCAUGCGCUCCAGCAUGGCGUUGAAAGUGAUGCCGAAAAGAACGGCAGAGACGAUGAUGCUGCGAGCAUCAGGACCAUGAGCAUCACUAACAGCAUACGUUUCUCAGCCGCAACCAGUGUCAUCAAACCGAACGGGAAUUCAUUGGCCGACGAGCUCGGCUUUGAUGGCGGCUAUGAUGAGGAGAGCGACUGUGGCGGUCGGGAUAGCGUCCUCUCCCACGGCGGGCACAUGCGGACAAUGAGCCGUGACAGCCUCAUGUUUAGGACGCAUCAGAGACACCAGAGCAAUGACAGCUUGAUGAGGUCCGGUAGCAUUGCUCGUGGGAGGCUGGCAUUCAACCCUUCUGCUCUUGAAAGACUCGAAGAUGGCAUUAUCAAGGAGGACGACGAGCUUCAGCUACCGGCGCCCAAAGUCAGCUAUGUUGACGCCGGGAUGCAGUAUUCACCCCCUCCAUCUCCUCAGCUACCACCCGUGAAGCCUUCAACUCCGGAACCGACUCCGUUCCUUCAGAGAUUUGAAAGACAAUACGACGUUGACAGCCCUCCCCGUGUCGACCUCGAGAUUGAGGCGAACCAGCGAAGGAAGCGGGUGCAUAUCGGUCAGCCACUUGCUAUCAAAACCCCUGGCAUCCAUAGCUUGAUGGUCAAUGGUUCAUCUCAAACAGCCGAAGAGCCGCUGAGUCCUCCAAGAACACCCAGGACGCCGUUCCAAGAGACACCGCCGACUCCGAAAUCCAAGCUCAUGGUUUCCGCAUCCACCCAGACUGAUGACAUCCCGCCGCCACUUCAACCCUCGUUCCUGAUGCCCAUUCCCAGUAUCAGCAUCAUCCCCCCCACAAGCCGUCCAAGUUCGCCUCGCGAGCCGCGCCUACCGCAACUGUGCAAGGAUUUUGGUUGUCAAGUGUCUCUGUUGAGCACGGUACCCACAACUUCCGUGGCCGUCCAAACAGAUGAAAUUCGCGUCGAUAAGAGGUUGGAUCGGCUGCCUGCACACCUGCAUCCCUCAGCCAUUUCGUCCAGGCCGUCCUCACCAGCCACCGCUGGCGCAGAUAUCGCUGCCGACGAAUCUCGGCAGUUCACACCGACUCCGGGGAACGUUCCGCCCCGGAAUCCGCGAAGACUGGCGAAUAAGAGAAGUUUGUCGGAAAUGCCAUCAUCGCCUCCCAUGUCAUCAUCGCUCCUGGAGGGAGAAACACACGAUUCCUACCCGUGGAACAAUGACGACGGCCCGCUAUCGAAUCAGAGAGCGCCAAUGCGACGACCGCCGCGCAUCAGCAGCCUAUUUGCAGGCUUUGACGGAAACAGCUCGGAUGAGGUUGAUGAAUUUGUGGAUGCCGAUGUGAGCGACUCGGAAUAUCGCACUGCCCUCUCCGCACCAAAGCCCAAGUCUGUGACGAGCCGCGGAGGAAAGCGCAAUUCUGGUGGCACCGUAACUUCAUCUGAGAACGCAUUCCCUUCGAAGCUGACUAGCCGCUUAUUGCGGGGUGUUGAUGAGCCCGAAGGCCUUGGUCCUGCCGCUACGUUCCCGGCACGCGAGCCUAAGGAUGCGAGCUUCAUUCACAGAAUGGGAUCGAGGCGCGGCGGGCGGGCCGCGCUGUUUGGUACUAAGUCGAGUGUCAUGCGAAGGGCCGCCAUGAUUCAAAAUGGCAUCGCGACGCAUCAGAGGGUUAGAAGCCCGAGCCUCACGGAUCCGAAGGAACCACCGUUCCCUAUCCCGACACGCGCCAGUUCCAGGAAGCCGCCUCUUAGCGCCAGCGCUCCCAGCGAUGGGCGUACGAGCCCUAGAGGGUCGGAUGCGUGGCCCAGACGAGGCUCCGGUCGAAGCCACUACCGCGCGAAUAGUAUUCGCAAGGUACGUUCUGCCGCAGCUCUUCCUCGGGGGCAAAGAUACCGCCGACGUGCCAGCCGCUCGCCUCCUCCAUUUUCCCCAUCUACCGAAGCACCCGAGAGCCCCGGCUCCGGGCUCCCGCCUCUGCCUAGCAACGAUAUCACGACGCCGCGGACCAGGGAUGGUAGAUACAGAACACACAGAUCCCAGUUGUCCACAACUACGGCGAACACGGCCGAGACUGGUCCUGGAUCCCAGACGGGAGGCGCGAACCAACCUACCACGGUUGUGGAGGCCAUUGCUCAGACCAUGGUUGGCGAAUGGAUGUUCAAGUAUGUGCGGAGGCGGAAGUCGUUUGGCGUCGCGGACGUCAAAGGCGGCGAUGACAGCAGCAAUGAUCGCCAUAAGAGAUGGGUCUGGCUCGCGCCUUAUGAGCGUGCGAUCCUUUGGAGUAGCAAACAACCCGCCUCGGGGAGCGCACUGAUGGGCAAGUCCGGUCGAAAACUGAUGAUCCAAUCGGUGCUAGACGUGAAGGACGACAAUCCUCCCCCGAGAGGCGCCGGUCCACUAUUCAACAGGUCUAUCUUGAUUCUGACGCCACAGCGGGCACUCAAAUUCACUGCCACAAACGCGGAGCGGCAUUAUAUCUGGCUGACGUCGCUGUCAUUCCUAGCUCACUCUAAUCAAGCAAUACCGGAAACCCUGACAGUACCGCAACCCAAACCACCGUUGGAGCAGUAUGAAUUACCAAAGCCCAAGGUCCGAAGGCCGAUACGCGACUCGAUCCGGCUUACCAAGGCCAAAACGGGAGGGCCAAUCAUCAAAUCAGAUCCCGUAAUGCCAGAGCCAUUACCUCCGGAUUCCGUGCCACCGAACAUUCCCGGUCCGGCCUACAGGUCGCCAUUACCCGACGGCAUCAGUCUCCCUACGCAUGCACGGGACAUGUCGCGGGAUGCGGCCGAGCCGCCGCACAUCCCGCGGUUCCACGAACGUGGCAACCCCGUGGCGGCGGUUCACGGGCGCAAGCGAAGCAACACUGGCGGCCAUGUGCCGCCGCCGCUCUCAUUCCGGGGCUUCUCUAGUCCAAUUGGAAACGGCUCGUAUCAUGCACCAUCGAACAGCACAGCGGGCAACAGUGUUGGAACUGCGGGGUCAUCGGAUAUCUACAGCAAUACGGGUGCCAGCGGAAUUACGGGAUCCAGCGCCAUUACUUGGGCGACAGGCCCUGGGUCUAUACGGAGCUCGGAGGCUUCGAGUCGACCCAGCGGGCCGGGAGUGAACCCAAACUUUUUUGAUGCGAUUGGAACUGUACGUAUGGAGGCGUUUAUCAGCCCUCUUUCGUUCAGCCGGUUCGAGGAGGCGCCGUACGAGUACGAUGACUUUAGGCGAGUGACACGGCGGCGGAGCAGGGAGCUACGGCGCCGGACCAGCCGCAGCCGCCAGCGGGACAGCUACCAGAGCAGGGGCACCAGGACGACGGAUGAGAUGGAGGAUUGGUACCUGAGGGACGACCCGUUCAGGGGAUUCUAG